AGAUCGCGUCGGAAUGCUAACAGUCAAAAUAUUUAGCGUGGCAUUCUCACCACGGUGAAAGCGCGAAGAUACCAGCUGGAAACUGCGUUACUGAGUCAAUGAAUAAGUGCAUACGAUAGAGAUUUCACCGAGCCGAAAGUAAACUGUAAUCAACAAGUGGCUAAACAAGAAAGAAUGUUACUGCAAGAAGUUGCCAACCAGUUCAGCGACUCAGACCGCAAAGUGAGCGCGGACACCGAAUUACGGUUCUUGCCCGAUCAUGCUCGUUUGCGUUUGACAACUGUUUUAGACGCCGGAGACGGCUGGAGGAAGGUGUUGCACCUGAUUACUCAUCCGGAUGACUCUGACAGAAUGCUCUUCAACGCUGAUCACGCAAGGGUUCUCGAGAACUACACGAGAGGAAGUCGCAGCGACGAAAUACUAAAGACAUGGAGCACGACGGGGCGUAAUCGACCCAAGAUAUGCGACCUGGUCGACUUGCUGAAACAGGCAGAACUUCACAGAGCAGCUUCGAUCGUCGAAGUCGAGGUGCUGCAACAGGCACCUGGUGACGAUGAAGCCAGCCUUGAAGAUCUCCUCGACGAGCCUACCGACUUGGGACCACCGCCAGCCCCUCCCUCUGAAAAUUACCACGAUGAGGUCAUGGACAGCGUAAUCAACGAAACGCCUCGGUUCAGUUACGACUACCUGGCGCAAGCAACUGGCAACUUCUGUAACGUGCCGCUGUCCGAGGGAGGCUCCAAAGUGGGAGAAGGAGCCUUUGGAGUCGUAUACAAAGGCACUUUCCUGGAUGGCACUGCUGUGGCUGUGAAGCGCAUGAAAGACUCUCUUCCGGAACAGUUUCUCACUGAAGUAAGACUGUUACGAAGGCAUUCCCAUCCAAAUUUGCUGCCUCUCAUUGGAAUUUCCCUCGACGCGGCGGGCAGUUGCUUGGUUUACGAAUUCAUGGAGAUGGGGUCCCUGCAGUCGUGCCUUGCGAGAAAAAACAAUCCAAUGUACUGGAAACGACGUGUGACAAUACUGACUGAGGUUGCUGCUGCCAUCCAUUUUCUGCACACUCGCACACCCUGUCUUAUACACAGGGAUGUGAAAAGUGCAAACAUACUUCUAGACAGUAACUAUACUGCUAAGCUGGGAGAUUUCGGACUCACAAGGCAGUUGUCGGGGGACAGUACAACGAGAACAGAGAUAGUAGUAGGAACAUCUGUCUACAUGUCACCAGAGGCAUUCACUGGCACAAUCUCACCCAAGAUGGACACUUUCAGUUUUGGUGUGGUGAUCAUGGAGGUGCUGACAGGUCUGCCUCCGUAUACGAAUGCAAGAGGAGACAUUCUCUCCUACCUAAAGGACACAUACCCCAACGACAUCACACCAGUCUUGGACACCUCGGCCGGUGUGUGGGAUCAGGAGCUUGCACAAAAGGUCUACGAAGUAGGCGAUGAGUGUGUCAGGCUUGACAGACGGCAGCGACCUACGAUGGAGCCAAUUUAUGAAGAACUGGUCAAGCUGAAUGAUGUGUUGAAUGGCCCUACGAAUUGAGACGUGACAAGAAGACCCCAAGUCCUUCAAAAGAAGUGGUGCUCAAUGGACAUUGUUGUGUAAUGUGUUGUGUCAAUGUUUUUAUAAACACAGAUUUUAUUUUUGAAUGCGUUUC